AUGUUUGCCGGAAAUGAAAUGUUUAAUUCCUUAAAAUCACAUGGCUAUAGUAUCAUAGAAUUGGUUUAUAAUAACCAAGCCAAUAAAACCUCAUAUUAUCAUGUCACAAAACAGGAAGGAAAAAUUGAUACUUUGAAAGUUCAAUACAUUUUGUUGAAGAAGGAUAAUUUGCAAUCUAGUUUGAGUGAAUAUAUGAGUUGUACACGCCCAGAUGCAGACUGCUCUUCAUUAUUUUGGAUUAGUCCAAACAUCUACUGUGAAAUAUAUCCAGGGAAGUAUAACAUUUUUCAUACAAAUUAUCAUUCAAAAAUAAUAAUUAAAGAAGAGAAUGUAAUGGAAUCUUUUCAAACGAAUGAAAAUAUUACUCCAUCAAAGAUUGAAGAACCUAAAGUUACCUUUGAAAAUGAUCAAGAAUAUCAAAUACCCCAUAGAAAAUUUUCAAGAACUCCAAUACCCGAGGCUCAAAAAGAGUAUAAAUCUGAUGAAAUAGAAAAUAAUUCACAUUCUCUUGAUGAUACUUACAGUUCAUCAUCUAGUUAUACUGAUAUAUCAACUCUAUCUUCUUUAUCUUCUUCUUCUUCUUUUAUCUGGGCACCCACUCCUAGUUUCAAUAUAUUUGCUACAAUAGAGACUGAACAUGCUCUUUGCUUAGAUAGAAUAAGAAAUAAAAAUUAA